AUGCCGUUAUGGGUGAAAUUCCCUACCCUGCCUAUGAUCUAUUGGGGACCUAGGACACUUGGUAAUAUUGCAAGUAGAUUGGGUAAUCCUUUAUUUGCGGAUGAAUGUACAACAAAGAAGAGUAGGGUCUCUUACGCUAGGGUACUGGUUGACAUGGAUGUUACGCAAGAACUUCCAAGAGAAGUGCAAAUUGUAGAUUCUAAGGGCAAUUCCUUCAGGCAGGCUGUGGUAUAUGAAUGGUGCCCUAAGUAUUGUCCUAAGUGUCUAAAGUAUGGGCAUAUUUGUGCAGAUGAGGUAAAGAGAGGGACGCCAGCUCCACAGAACAAUCCAAAGCAGAGAGGCAAAGCACAUCAGAAACAACAUGUUCAGAGAUGGGUAGGAAGGCAAAUGCACACUUUUGAUCCCCGGCCAUCCACUAAUACUCAGCAACCUAUUGUAGUAGGGAUUGAGCAGCAACAAGAGAUAAAUGGUACCAGUCCGAGCAUGGAGCCAAUACACCAACCAGCUGACAAAGGUCGACCAGCUGGUCACGUCCAAGGAGGUAACCGAAGGGGAAUUACUUAUGCUUCAGCGGUUCAACCUAAAGCACCAAGAGUUGAGAAGAAGAAAGCUGGGAAACCACAAACUCACAUAAGUAAAAAAUCAGCAAGGGGUCAGUCUACCUGCUCCAAUACAUCAGGUGAACACAGCUAG